AUGGCCCUGCUCUGCGCGCUGCUUGCCUGGGCCCUGCUCGCCCUCAAGGGGCUCGGGGAGAAGGCGGUGGAGGACCAGGAGGCGUGCUGCGGCACCAUCGUGCCUCGCAGUGAGUGGAGGGCCCUGCCGUCCACGUGCACCCGGGAGCUGGAGAUGCCGGUGCCCUACGUGGUGGUGUCGCACACGGCGGGCAGCCCCUGCGACACGCCGGCCCUGUGCCUGCAGCAGGCGCAGAACGUGCAGCACUACCACGUGCGGACGCGGGGCUACUGCGACGUGGCCUACAACUUCCUCAUUGGAGAAGACGGGCUUGUGUACGAGGGCCGUGGCUGGAAGAUCAAGGGUGACCACUCCGGUCCCACCUGGAACCCCAUGUCCAUUGGCAUCACCUUCAUGGGCAACUACAUGGAACGGGUCCCCCCGCCCCGGGCCAUCCGGGCGGCCCAGAGUCUGCUGGCUUGCGGAGUGGCUCAGGGGAUUCUGAGUCCCAACUAUGAGGUCAGAGGGCACUGCCAGGUGCAGCAGACGCAAUCUCCAGGCGACCAGCUCUACGCAAUCAUCAAAAAGUGGCCGCACCACUACGAAGAGUGA